AUGUUCAGCGCUUCUUCCUCUCCGGCACUACCAGUUACGCUGGGACACGGCUACGCUGCAGCGGUGCGGCAGACUUCCCCAACCAGUGCUGUGAGGCACUCGAUCAGCCGCACUGCCGUUGUCGGCGCGGCUGCGGUGGCCCUUGGCGUGUCUGCAGUCCUUGGUGGCUCUCUUCUUUAUGUGUCUUUGCACCGUGCGGAGAGUGCAGCGUCUGAGGCGGGCAUCGGCUCGUCGUGGUGGUCGCGUGUUGCGCAACGUCUGCGGAUCUGCAGCUGUGACAAUGAGGAGGGAGACGACGCCUUCGCCACCGGCAAAGGCGCAGAAAAGUUGUUCGACGAAGAGAGGAUCAAGGCACGGCAGAAGCUUCCGCGCGGCAAGGCGAAGGCCGCGGCACCCAGUCGCGCAUCCACUGCCAUCAUCACCGCUGGUGCUGGUGCCGCCGCUGCCACGGUUUCGGCUGCUUUACCGAAACUUGCGGGCUCAGCGCGACCGGUCUCGGAGGCAAAAGAGGCGCUCACCAUGCUGACCAACACCGAGGAGAUUCGGGAACGAGAGCAGUACAUUAAAUUGGUGCGGGCACUUCUGCAGCGUGAGGCGGGCAUUGCGUACGAUGACGACGACGACAGCUCCACCAGCUCAGACUCCACAGAUGUAUCGUUGAAUUAUCACCUGGCCACCGCGAUGGAAGGGAACGCGCGGGAUGAACUGCUGAUGGCAUUUUCCGCCUACGGCGACUUCAGCGACGGCGCCGUCUACGGCAGCUCGAUCCAGGGUGGCGGCGACGAGAAUGCCGCGGACUUGCAGCUGAACAUCAUGAUCAAGACCCUCGAGUAUCUGGACAUGUCGAAUGAGCGCGAGAAGCUGCGAAGUCGCCGCAUUGCCAUGUACCGCGAGGCCGGCCACGCCACACCGGUCUCCUCCAUUGACGCAGCCGAGGGGGGUAGGGAUGGCGGUGAGCUCGACGAAGACGGAGAUGUAGUGGAGGACCCUAUGGACCUUCAACUCGCCGCUCGCUACGCUGCUGCCCAUUACGGACUGACCAGACCCAUGGACGAGCGGGAUGACGAUGAGGGGGAUGGGGGAGAAUACCCGAGCGCCAUGGAGCGGCAGGCACAGCGCUUCCAGUCGACGCUGCUGCGCUCAUCCAAGAUGAAGAUGUCGGCGGACGACCGAAUGAACACCGAUGACUCGGUCCUGGAUCGCAUUCUCGGUGAGGGUCUCGCGAUGCGGGCGAGUCCUGCCAUGCCGGGCACUGCGCGCAACGGGUACGCCGCCAUGCUGACUGAUCGUGCCGACAUGAUGGAGGACGGAUGGGAGGCCGAGGAUGACGACGAGGAGGUGGAGCUCAUGGCGUACCUGCAGCAGGCGGACAACGCCCAGCACUUCUACUCACGUGAGGAAAUGCGACGUGCCAGGCGCGACCCGGCGAGCGACAUCCGCAUUGUCGGGAUGGAUGACAAUGCUUUCGGCGAGGACGACACGGAGAGUGAGUGGGAGGACGAGGCGGGCGACGAAGACGGGGAGGACGAUGCCGAGGUGGAUGAAGAGGACGACCUCGCCGCUGCCGUGCCGUGGAGCCGCCGCGACAAGCGGGAAUUUGAGAGGGAGCUGUUCUCGCGCGUCCGCCACUUGGCGAAGAGCUUCGCCCUCACGAACGCCAUGGCAGAGCGGGAGGUGUCAAAAGAGGACGCCCGGAAGCAGGCGGCACGGGAGCAGCGACGUCAGCAUGGCGCUCAGUCUAGUGCGAAGGCCGCAGUCGACCUUGCCCCUGUCGCCGCGGCGGACGACCUCGCGGAAGGCACUGAGGAGUGGGAAGACGAGGCAGACUGGGAGGACGCGUAA